CCAAAGCCUUUUCAUUUCAUAUGAACAAUAAAAAAAAUAAAUGCCAAUUAAAAUUGGAUUUACAAAACAAUCCGACGCUGUAGCAGAGCUGCCCUGUUUCGCCUGAGCUCAGAACCGUCACGGCGGCACCUCUUUUUCCGGCUCCUUUUGUACAAUUGUUCGUAAUUUGCCUUUCAAUUUCAGAAAACCGUAAAGUUUUGCUCCGUUUCAGCUGGGAUCUACCAAUCACCUACGUCCAUAGGUAUCAACGAUGCCCAACACCUGCAUUGCCAGAUUUACUGGCAUUCAUAAAGCUGUUGUUCCACUUCCUCGCAGAAGAAAGUCUAGAAUGGUUUUCGUAAGGCUCUUUUCAACAUGUGCAUCACCAUAUCUGUCUCCAAGUGCUCCUCUUAUUCAUCCUUGCUCAUCCUUGGUUUUGACGGGCUGUGUAGCUCCAUCAAAUGCUCCGCAACGCUCUGAAGAAUGGUUUGCCCUUCGCAAGGACAAGUUGACUACAAGCACCUUUAGCACUGCUUUGGGAUUCUGGAAAGGAAAACGUCGAUAUGAGCUCUGGCAUGAGAAAGUAUUUGCUCCAGAUGUUCAGUUAGUGGAAUCUCCUAGUAAAUGUGCUAUGGACUGGGGUGUUCUCAUGGAAGAAGUGGCAAUAGGGCAGUACAAAAGCAUCACGGGCCGUGAUGUGAGCUCAUAUGGAUUUGCAAUACAUUCUGAUGAAAGAUUUGAUUGGGUCGGUGCAUCCCCAGAUGGACUCAUUGGAUGCUUGCCAGAGGGAGGGAUUCUGGAAGUGAAGUGCCCUUACAACAAAGGGAAGCCUGAAAAGGGGCUUCCAUGGUCAAACAUGCCGUUUUACUAUAUGCCUCAGGUACAAGGCCAAAUGGAAAUCAUGAACCGAGAUUGGGUAGAUCUGUAUUGUUGGACACCUAACGGAAGCACAAUAUUUCGUGUGUGUAGAGAUCGUAGUUAUUGGGAGCUGAUGCACGGGAUUCUGUGGGAGUUUUGGUGGAAGAACGUAGUUCCUGCUAGGGAAGCCCUCUCGUUAGGAAGGGAGGAGGAAGCCAAUUCAUACAUACCAACCUCAACACACAAUGCCACGGGACUCGCGAUCGCUAGAAGCUUGAAGUUAGCCAAGGAGGCUAAAUUGUGGUGCAGGGAUAUUGCUGGUCACACUGAAUUCUUCCAUUGAUGCACUCUUGAAUCUUGAACACACAGUAGCAGAAAGAGUGGAUUAAUCUCCACUGUUUUGACCCAUGCUGAUGUAUCAGUACAAUGUUGUACUACAUUCACUGGCUUUUCUAAUGUUAUACUUGUAUGGAGGCUGAUCAAUUUUAUGCAGUAAAGCAAUUAUUUAUUCAUAUUU